AUGGCCGGUGCGAAGCCUAGUUUCGAAUUACCAAAGAUCUACGAGAAUGCUGGUGGCUGGGGCCCUACCAACCAAGUGAUCCCUCUCCAAUUCCGCGACAUUCCUUAUGCCCCUUACAGCAAAGGUGACAAGCUCGGCCGUAUCGCUGACUGGACCAAUCCCGAUGCUCAAAAGCAAGACAACAACCAAGUAACUGGACGCACUGGACGUACCGGCUUCAACCGCUUCAACCGUGAACAACAACAAGCUUAUGGUGCUUCAUUUGCCUCUGCUUUUGCAUACACUCACACCGAAGAUGAAUCCUCCUUCUCCGUGGUUGACAAUCGUUCUGCAGCUGCAAAGAAGAUGGCUCUCAAAUCGGUUGGUGGUGGCCAACGUAAUCGACCCCAAAACAAGCAAGCUACUACAACCACCAACGCCGGCUAUCGUCAAAGCAACCAACGCGGUGGACCUGGCAACAGACAACAACAGGGUCGUAAGAAAUAUGGUUACAACGCUUAUGACAAGCGUGUUCGUACCGCUUCUAUCGCCAUUGGUCCUGACUGGAAGGUUUUGGAUGAGAUUGAGUUUAGCCGUCUCAGCAAAUUGAACUUCACUGCACCUGAAGCCAUUGAUGUUGCUACCUUUGGCUCUGUCAAAUACUACAACAAAGCAUAUGAUCGCGUCAACACAAAGAAUGAAAAGGCUUUGCAACACAUUGAACGUAUCAAAUACGACACAACCGCAUCCGACGAUCCUAUCAUCCAACAAUUCUUGCAAGAUGACACUGCCAGCGUGUUCGCUACCGACACUGUACUCGCUUUGUUAAUGUGCGCCACUCGUACCAUUCAUCCAUGGGACAUUGUCGUCAAGAAGAUUGGCGAUAAGGUUAUUCUCGACAAGCGACCUAACGGCAUCUUUGAUUAUGUUCCAGUGAAUGAGAAUGCUGCUGAUCCACCACUUGAAACCGAUAAGGAUAACCUCAACUCAUGGGCCGCUCUUUGUCAUGAAGCCACCUAUAUCAACCAAAACUUUGCACGUCAAGUCCUCGAUCCUAACAGCUCACUCGAUUUCGACAAGCCUAACCCCUUCGCUACCGAAGAUACCAAGGACAAGUUGGCAUCAUGUGGAUACCGCUACCGUAAAUUCAGCUUAUCGGGUGCUAAUGCUGAGGAGGAUGAGGAAAAGACUUAUUUGAUGGUGCGAACUGAGGUGGAUGCUGCUAUCAAGCUUGGCCAAAACAACUCUUACAUUAUGGUCCGUGCAUUGAAUGAAUAUGAUCCCAACUCUCAAGGUUCGUUGCCAUGGAAGAAGAGCUUGGAUUCUCAACGUGGUGCUGUCGUUGCUGCUGAAAUGAAGAACAAUGCUGCCAAGUUGGCUCGAUGGGCUGUGCAAGCUUUGCUUGCUGGUGCUGAUCAAUUGAAGCUCGGUUAUGUUGCUCGUGUGGAUCCCAAGAACAACCGCCGACAUACUAUCCUUGGUACACAAGCUUACAAGCCCCGUGAUUUCGCUGCUCAAAUGAACUUGUCUUUGCCCAAUGGAUGGGGUAUUGUCAAGGCUGUCUCUGACAUGUGCUUGCAAUUGCCAGAGGGCAAGUACAUCCUUAUGAAGGAUCCCAACAGAUCUAUCUUGCGUGUCUAUGAAGUACCUAGUGAAGAAGAUCUUGACCGUGCUGGUGAAGAACAACCCGCUGAUGCCGAAGCAGAGGCUGCCACCGACAAGAAUGAAAAGUAG